AUUCCUGUGACCUCACAAUCGACACAAACACAUUAAACAGAAACCUCAAACUGUGUGAGAGCAACAGGAAGGUGAUACAUGUAAAAGAGGAGGAGCCAUAUCCUGAUCAUCCAGACAGAUUUGAUUUCUGGCCUCAGCUGAUGUGUGAAAAUGCUCUGACUGGUCGCUGUUACUGGGAGGUCGAUUGGACAUUAGGGGUUUAUUUAUCUCUGAGUUACAGAGGAAUCAGCAGGAGAGGAGACAGGGAAAACUGCAGGUUUGGGGAGAAUGAUCGAUCCUGGUGUCUGGACUGCUUUGACGGUCGUCCUUACUCCGUCUGUCACAAUAAGACUGAAAUGCUCUCCUCCUCUCCUUUCUACUACUCCUUCCCAAGCGCUGUUUACUCUUGCCCCACCUCAUCCCAACCCUCCUCCUCACCCUCAUUGAUCUCUGACAGAUUGGCAGUGUAUUUGGAUUAUCCUGCUGGCUCGCUGUCCUUCUACAGCAUCUCCUCUGAUACCCUGACCCACAUUCACACCUUCAGAACCACAUUCACUGAACCUCUUUAUCCUGGGUUCACAGUUUGGUCUGGUUCCUCGGUGUCUCUCUGUUCUCUGCAGGAUGGAGAGAAAAUCAGGAGACCAUGCAGUGUCUUUUCGCAGGAAAGAGAGGGCCUUAGUGAAGUAGUUUAUCUUUAG